UAUGGCCCCCAUGGCUACCUCAUCAGCAAACAUGGAUGACAUGGGCGGUAUGGGAAUGGGAAAUGGAUGCAAGAUUAGCAUGCUGUGGAACUGGAACGUAGUCGACGCAUGCUUCAUCACCAAGUCAUGGCACAUACGAUCCAAGGGCAUGUUUGCGGGCUCGUGCAUCGGCGUCAUUCUGCUCGUCAUCUUGCUCGAGUUUCUGCGGCGGGCGGCCAAGGAGUACGAUCACUUCAUCGUGACGCAGCACAGCAAGACACUUGGGCCGGGUACCGCGGCCCUCUCAUCGUCGUCGUCGUCGUCUGCGGACGGCAUCGUUCCGGGUACGAGCAAGGGCGCGGGGCCGGCGGAGAUGGCGAGUCCAACAAUGGGUGGUGUGGUCAAGGCCAAGUUCAGGCCGACGAUGCUGCAACAAGCAGUCCGGGCAUUGCUACACACUUGUGCGUUUGCAGUGGCCUACUUUGUCAUGUUGUUGGCCAUGUACUAUAACGGAUACUUCAUCAUCUGCAUUUUCAUUGGGGCGUACAUUGGCUACUUCAUCUUCGGCUGGGAGAGCUUCACGGUCAGCAAAGGCGGUGAUGAUCGCAUGCAGGAGAAUGCGACCGUGUGUUGUGGAUAAGGGUUGACACGGUGAUACGGGCGACAGCGAAUAAUGACAGCACAUGAUGGCGAAAUCAAGAUGGCUUAGAAGAUAAACCACACGUUCGGAUACACAAAUAUCGUAAGGAAAAAGCAAUUGUAUUCAUGGUCU